AUGAAUUUCGCUCCUCGCGCACAACUCCUUCUUCCCUUAAGCUUUCCCUGCGUUGUCCGAAAAAAAAAACCUUUCUCUGCGCCGCUCAUAAAGCUUUCCCUGCGUCGUCAAUCUAGCUUCCUCGUCGGUGGUUCUGGCCUCCUCCUCAUCGUCGGUGGCUCUUUUCUCGCCUCCUCUCCAGUCGCUACUUACUCGGCUGGUGGGUCCAAGAAAGAACGUAGUUUGCUCGCGCCGGUGGUUCCAAGAAAGAAAUUUGAAGAUGAACGAGAUGUUGAAGAUGCUGUGCAAGGUCGAAAUGGUUAUGAUUUUGAUGGACAUCGUUUGCGGGUGGAAUUCGCUCAUGGUGGACGAGGAUCAUCAUCAUCAGACCAUCACAGCAGUUACAGUGCUAGUAGAGGUGGAGCACCUAAGCACACUGACUACAGAGUUAUGGUCACUGGACUGCCAUCAUCUGCUUCUGGGCAAGACCUGAAGGAUCACAUGCGACGAGACGGUGGAGUUUGUUUCUCAGAUGUAUUCAAGGAUCGUCGCUAUGGUGGCACGGCUGGAGUUGUUGAAUAUGCAAAUUAUAAUGAUAUGAAACGUGUUUUCAGGAAGCUGGAUGAUUCUGAAUUUCGUAAUGCAUUCUCUCGCGCUUAUAUCCGAGUGAGGGAGGACUCGAGGAGUCUGAGUCUGGAUGAUAGGUCGAGAAGCAGAAGCUACAACCGUGGCUGUAGUUAUAGUCGAAGCCGCAGCCGCAGCCACAGUAUAUCUCCGCAAAGAAAUUCACGCCGUUCUUAUUCUAGAUCUCCUUCGAAGUCCCGCUCGAGAUCUCCCUCUCGUUCUCGCUCUAGUUUGCUUCCUCUUGUCUUUCCACUUCUCGGAUUAUCUUCGUCCAUCUUCAAAGCAUGCCUGUUAGAUGAUUUUAUUUGCAGUUGGCUUGAUGCUUGGGUUGCAUGGGAGCAGAACUUUCCAAUUGCUGCACUUAAAAAAGUUUUACUAGCUCUGAAAAAGGAGCAACAAUGGCGUAGAGUCAUACAGGUACUGCAAAUUUUAACAUUUUGGUCAUUGUCUUUGUACUGGGUGAGUAAGAAGAGAAAAAAGGAAGGAUGUAGCAGUAUGAAAAACUAG